AUGUGCGGCCCAUUUGUACGCUGCCAGAGCAUCGGCUGGUCCCUCGAAGCCACGUGUGUGGCCGACAAGGCGUGCGUCUGGUACACACAGACCGACUGGAAUGGGUGGGGACCCUGUGGCACCAAUGAAGUACUGGUGGUGGCCCAUCCUGACCUCGUCACACUCGACACCGACAAGUGCAAGGCAAAAUUAGGUGACACCGACAUGUGUGUGCACACGACUGUGCAGCUCUCCAUUUGCUGUAGGACUUUACGUCACCCCUGGGGAGUGCGACCGGAUCGUAUGCAUAUGCGGGGGAUCGAGAUCGACUAAUGUGUCUCCCUCCUUCUCUCUGUCUGUCUGUGGCUGCAGCACGGAAAAGCGGGAGACAACGGAGAGACAUGCUAUCAGAACGGCGCAUGCUCGCUCGUCUGCGAGGAGUGGGGUGGCUCGAAGCCGAAAUGCCAGGCAAACAGUAAGCUGGUCUCUAUGUUUGCCUUUCUACACUGCAACACAACUCCUUCCCUUCUGCUGCUGCGGACUGCGUCAGGCACACGUCUCGUUCACGGGCUCGGGGGCGCUGAAUUCUCCGCCGGAGGUAGGUGGAGAAACAGCCACAAGGACAGAGACAGACGAGAGACACUCCUUCCUCGGCGUGUGAUGAUGAUGGUCAGCUGCGCUUGUCGAGGAGAUGGACCAGUGCUUCGACAGAGACGACCAGGAGCACGACUACGAAGAGGAGGUGACAGCCGAGGGUUGGUCCGAGCACGGCUCUGCGAUCCGCGACAAGUGCCCCAACAUCAUCGACCCGACCACACUCACUGUCGACACUACCGUCGAUCCCGUCGCAGUGGCAAUUGCAUUCGCACAGACGGCCGCAGCUUUCCAGCCGCCCAGCAAGUGCGACCCCAACAAUGGCUGCAAAGUCACACAGACCGGCGCGUGUGUGCCCGACUCGGCCCACUUCGCGGCACAGGUGGAGGCCCUGAGCGAUUCAAACGCCAAGGCUUUCUUCAUGAAGAGUCUGGAGUGCAACAACAUCGCGAAUGAAGCCGACUGUGCGGGGGACUGCGAGUGGGACAGCGACGAGGAGUCCUGCAAUCCCACAUUGAUAACCGCACUGAACCUGGUAAUAAGUGGGAGAGACAGACACUCAUCAACCACUUGUCUGUAUGCAUGUUUUUCCCGCCAGCUGUACGGUGUGAGCAGCUGUGGCCCUGGGCUGGACUGCGAGCUGGCCGACACCAAUGAGACGUGCAAGGCCAACAGUGCGUGUUGGUGGGACGACAGCGACCAGGUGAGGAGUGGAGAAAUCAGAACGGCAAAAGAAGGCACACUGCAAACCAACACACCAACCACACCUGGUCCCAGGAGUGCCACCUGAGAUGGAGCUUCAUUCGCGACUCGGUCAUCGGCACUGACGCAAUCUGCGAGGUAUGUUCGUUGAAGACGCAGAACAAACAAAAACCCAUGGACAGAUUGAGGACCAUCUCUGCUGUGUGUGUAUAGAAAUACGCUCCUCUCUACGAGUGCGGCGAGCUGACACCCCAAGAGUGCAAGACGACUCCCUGUAAGUCGUGUCUCUUCACCAUGCAGCCACGGAAUUUUGAUGCAUGAAUGGCCACACAUGAGUGCUUACGUACGCAGACUGUCUUUACGAAGAGUACACUUGGGGCGACUGGAACUGUCGUGCGAUGGAGAACGUCACCAAGGCGCUCCAGAAAGAGUUUGACAAGGAGAAGCCCGAGGAUCUCCGAUUGUGUGGACCGAUUGUGAGAUGCCCCUCAAUGGGCAACGAAAAGGUUACACAGCCAGAAACCGUGUGUGUCAUGGUGCCUCUGCAUUGAGUGACUGGACGUUUUAUGUAUGUAUGUAUCUACGUAUGUAUGUAUGUAUGGUGUGCAGAGUCUGUGCAAUCGGGACAAGGGGUGCUUCCACCUCAGCGAAUGGUGCGGCGCCUGCACCACAUCGCCACUGGUACCACACACACGAACACAUGAUGGGCCGCAUCCCCGGUCCGUUCGUUCAGGCACUGCUGGGUCUCCCAAGCGUGUUUGACCUGUCCAACCCCGGCUGCAAGCGCCUCGUGGGCUCCAUGAUGGUCCCGGGACAAUGCGGCAUCGACGUAAAUGACCACUCCUCACUGUCUCUCUGUGAACAUCGUGUUUGUAUGUCUAUUAAUGCAGCAUUAUUUGGCAAAUGAUGACGGCGAGACAUGUCUGAGCAACCCUGCCUGUACACUGUGGUGCAGCGGAUACAGCAACGAGACAGAGUGCCGAUCUAACGGUAGACUGUGAGACACAUGGAUGGAUGGAUGGAUGGAUGCGUUGAUGCCGGUCGUGCUGCAUGUCUGCUGGUUGCAGACACGGUCAUCUCAGAGAAGGCCCUCGGGCUAUCGCAGGCAGCCAGUAAGUACAAACACACCGGCACCGAUCGACAACAGAGCAACAUUCGUGUGCCUGCGCGUCCAUGUGUGCAGAUGAGCUUGAGAGACAGAUGUCCACCUGCCGCGAGGCCUAUGACGAGGACUACUCGCAAUGGGGAAUGACCGACGCAAAAAUGAUGGCCGUCAACGGGGCCAACGCCACCGAGCUGGACCGCGCCACGGCCCACUGCGGCACACUUGCCAGCCCCAACACCAUCACGCCGUCGUCUUAUGAUCAGGUGCUGGCGGCCACGACAAGUGCCGCACAGCAGGCGGGGACGUACCAGCCGACGCCGGAGUCGCUGCAGUGUGAGGGGCAGCUGGUUGACGGGGCGCGCAUGUGGCCGGGCCGCUGCUGGAUGGCCAUGGUGUCCUUCUCGCGGCAUUCGUGA